AUGAAGCUAUUGGGUUUAUUUGCUCUUUUUGCCCUCACUUGUGAGUCGCUGGCUUUUCAAAAACGUCUUGCAACCCCGAAACCCAUCAACAAUGGAUACUUCAAGAUUGACUUUGAAGUUGCCGAAAGAGACCUUUAUGAUCCAACAAAAGUCGUCAAACGUUCGGACAUGGAUGACAGGAGCAUCAAUUACGAAGCAUUGGCUAAGAGAAGCCGUCAUGUAUUGGACAAAAGAUCCGGAAAUUCCUCUGAAGAUGUUGUCAUGACACUUCAAAAUAACAGAAGCAUUGCAUAUUUUGCGAACAUCUCGCUCGGGACCCCUCCCCAAAACUUCACUGUGCAAGUCGAUACUGGGUCGUCAGAUUUUUGGGUUUUCGCCAAAUCCAACCCGUAUUGUAAUUUCGGCACCAGUAGUUCCAAAAGAAAUCUUGAAGAAAGAGAUGAGGAGGGUGAAAAUGCUUCUGCUACCACUGCUAUCGAUACUACCUCGGGUACUGCCACUAUUUCAUCUAACGAUGACUUUGAAUCCAUUAACAGAACAACCUACAUCACCCCAUUGUAUUUGCCCCCUCAAUCGACUUAUGAAAUCAAUACUGCUACAGUUCUGGCUAUCAUUGACUGUGAUAUUACGGGAUAUUUCAACCCGGAUGACUCCAGCAGCUUCCAUGGAACAAACAACAAUUUCUUCGAAAGUUAUGCCAGUAAAAACUUUGCUCAAGGGAAUGUCAGCCAAGAUACCCUUAUAUUCGGUGACUUUGUCUUUGAGAACUAUACUUUUGGGCUUGCCGAAGCCUCUAAUAACACGGAAUUGAUAUUCGGCAUCGGAUUACAAGGAUCAGAGAGUUUUGGGUUGUACGAUAAUUUACCCUUGAGACUUGUCGAUAGUGGGCACAUUAACCGUGCGGUAUAUUCUCAAUAUCUCAAUGACUACAAUGCAACUACCGGGAGUAUUCUUUUUGGGGCAGUUGAUAGCUCCAAGUACACUGGUAACUUGACUACUUUUCCAUUGCUUAUUAUCGACGAUUAUGUUCACCCUCUGACCUUUCAUAUUACAUGCGACAGUAUUGAUCUUACUUACGCUAGUAAUAACUCUUUUGCUCUGAAUUUGUCUUCUGCAAAGCACCCAAUCUUGUUUGAUUCCGGCACUACGCACUUUGUGGUGCCACAGACAGUUUUUGACUGGUUCGGAGUUGCGUUCAAACAUAUCACCUAUGUUGAAGAACUAGGGAGUUACAUUGCUCGCUGUGAUGUAUUGGAAGAUUAUAAUUUCGAUAUCACCUUCCAAGGUGUCACUUAUUCCAUUCCCCUUUCAUUCUUUGGUGCCCCGAUGACUCAAGUCGCUGAUAUUUUCAUGAGUGAUGAGCCUCUGAAAUACAAAAAUGCCAAUUAUUGUCUCUUGGGGAUCAGCGCCCUGCCAGAUAACACUAUGACUGCCGGGGCUGAUCUUUCAAGAUGGUUCUAUGUGGUUUAUGAUUUGACCAAUUAUGAGCUUCUGUUGGCCCAAGCGGUAUUCAACAGCACUGAAGAAGAUAUCCAAGUCAUUUCUGCUCUUGGUAAAAUUCCUGGGGCAGCGCAUGUUGCUAGUUCCAUCACUUAUGGAGGUGACCUGGACAGUCCAACUUCUUCCGAUGGUGAGGAGCCAUCUUUCACUGGAGUCACUCCUACUGGAUAUAAGAAACUUAAUUCCGGAGAUAAAUUGACAAUUUCUUGGCCAUUGCUUGCUGGUGCUACUGUUGGUUGGUAUUUUUUUUUAUAA